GCAGCCUCUCACUUCUCUGUUUUUAGAGCUGCAGAAGUCGGAGCCGUCGGCCCCGAAGCCUGUCGGAGUUUCGGGAGGAACUAUUCUUGGGCUUUCCCCGGAUUCGUUUGGAGCGGGCCCCGAUGCCGAAUCAGAAAAGUUUCGUGUGGCAUCACUACACCGAAAUCACCGACGGGAGGAAGAUAGUUGGCAUAUGCAAAUACUGUGGCCAGACGUAUGCAAAUAACGCCACCAGGAUGAAGAAACAUUUGACAACUUGCCGAAACUGUCCGGAGGAAAUCCAGUCCUUGUACAGGAAGCUGCUGCCGAGUGGAGAAAAAAUAACUGUGAAGAAGCUAUUUCAGCAGUCACAAGAACUUAGUAGCUCCAACAGAACAGCAAACCUGCCAAAUGUGAAAAUGGAAAGGCCUGAGCUGCAGGGGCCUAGGGAAAGAGAGGCGGGGCCGUCUUUUUCUAGAUCGGUGUCCGAAGAAGAUUUGCAAACUGUGGGUAUCUGUUUAAAACAGCCAAGCGGGUCCUCAAACCGUGCAGACAAAAUGUCCAAAGAAGAUAAAGAAAAAGCCGACGAGACAUUGGCCCGCGCUAUAUUUGCAAGCGGCGCCCCUCUCUCCAUAACUGAAAAUCCAUACUGGAAGGAGCACUACAAGCUAAUAUGCCCGUGGUAUAAACUGCCGUCACAUUAUCGCUUAUCACAUUCUCUUUUAGACCGAGAGUACGGCAGAGUUCAAACCAUGGUCGUCCAGAGACUGGGCCAAGCCGAAUCACUGACACUGAUGUCAGACGGAUGGGCCGACAUGCAAGGGAAGUCUUUGCUGAAUAUCAUGUUUGCAACACCCAAGCCAGUGUUCCUGAAAGCGAUCGCUAGCAAAUCUUCUCGCCACAUGAGCAACUACAUAGCCAAAGUGCUGAGUGGCGAGAUUCAAAGUGCAGGUCCCUCCAAAGUGCUGGCGCUCGUAACUGAUGGUGGCGCUAACAUGAAGGGGGCGUGGCAAAUUUUAAAGGCAAAGUACCCACACUUGAUUGUUUUUGGCUGUGUGGCUCAUGGGUUGAACCUGCUGGCAGAAGACAUCCUAAGUCUGAACACGAUGAAAACAAUAGCGGCCAACUGUAAAGCCAUUGCGAAGGUGUUCAACAACCAUGUCGCUAGCCAGACACUGAAGAUAUUCCAGAGGGAGAAGCAAAGAAAGGAAAGUUUGUUUUCUUGGCCUGCUGGAACUAGAUGGGGCUCAAUUGCCAAGUGUUUAGACAGCUUGCUGCAUUUAAAGGACUGUUUGCAAAGUGCUUUGACAGGCGACACGUUGUCCCACGUUGUUCCUGUGAAUAUUCGUAAGCAGAUUCUUGACAACGACAUAUUUUGGGUUCAAGUUGAAGGCGCGUUCAAUUUGCUGUUACCCAUUUCGGCCGCUCUCCAGAAACUUGAAGGAGAAAACAACCUUUCCAGUGUCACAGGGAUAUUAGGAAAACUGAAUGCCAGUUUAAUUGAUCUUUUGCCGUCUUCCCCUUUAUCCAAAAACGAAGCGGCAGCGGUAAAACAAAUGUUUCUGGUGAGGUCUGAAUUUUGCUCUCAUCCAGUUCACUUGGCAGCCAACCUGUUGGAUCCUCGACAAAGGGCCCAAAAUUUAUCAGAAGAUGAAUUAUUUACUGCUCUCGAUACGAUUAUGGAAGUAGCGAAGAGCGUUCCCAACCUCAGCGAACUAACUGUGAUGACCGACCUUGCGGAGUAUCGUGCCAAAGAAAAACUUUGGAGCAAAGACAUAAUUUGGAAAGUCGCAGAGAACGUUUCUCCCCUCACCUGGUGGAAGGGAUACUGUAGCACGCGACAGCUGUCCACAAUCGCCGUGAGGAUCCUAAGUAUUCCACCGGCCAUUUUGCAUGAGUCCAACUGGAGGGCUUCUAGCUCACUCAAGACACAAAGGGGGAACAGACUAACACGCAGUCACGCUGCUAAGCUGCUUUGCAUUAAUCAAAACCUUUCGCUGUCCUCGCAGAAUCAGCUAUACACGCCCGUAGUAAAGCAAACUAAAUGCAGUGAGUGGCCCACAGACUCAGUGCAGGCAGAAACAUCAUUCAGUGACACAGAAGGCAACUCGAGCAGCUCCGAACUGGAUUCGCUUCAAUCCGAACUGGAAACAGCCUAUGUCGGAAGCACCUCUACAGAAAGUGAUCACGAAGCCGAAGGGACCGCCAACGAAUGUUCGGCUCUACUGGAAUAAGAUGAGUGAACAACUGCUGCGUGUCACGCACGGGCUAACAUUAGUACAUGUACUGUUUUCAAUAUUCUGAUACUUUUUCUUAAAAUGGGAACAGUGUAAAGGAAGUAUGUAUUAUUAACUUAUCAGUGACGUUGAAUGUCCCUGAACAGUCAAACCCCCCUCCGCUCCCCCCAUGCUUGGCUAAUUUUUUAGUCCCCUCCCCAGAUAUCAAGCAAUAAAGGCCAAAUCACUUCAUCCUCGUUCCACCUAUGCUGGCCCCCAGGUUGCUUCAGGUUUUAAUAUUAGUUUUAGCGUGAAAGUUUUAUACUGCAUUAUUGAAUGUUUUUAACCUUGUACAUUAGCUGCCCCAAGCCCAACUUUGGUUGAGAAGGGCACGGAAUAAAUCUAAUAAAAUUUUAAAAUACAUGAAUACUCCAGGUGCUACAAAGCCCUACACGGCUUGAAACCCCCAGCCUUUUAGAAACAUCUACUUCCACACAAACCUACCUGACCACUACAGUUACCUAUGGGGGGAGGGGGCACUGCUCUGGGUGCCCCUGCAAUCUCAGACAACCCCAGGAAGGGCCUUCUCAGUUGUAGCACCAAUGUUAUGGAAUUCACUCCCCAGGAAGGUGUCUGUCCCUCCUUGUUUUCUGCUUGCGGGGGAAGACGUUUCUGUUUCGUCUGAUGCUCCCUAACUAACCCUCCUUCCCGUUUUGGUGUUUAAUUGUUGUUUUUAAAUUGUGUGAGUGUGUGUACCUGUGCGUAAAUUUAGAAAGAAUGUGCCAGUCCUUGUUUUAAUGUUUUGAUUGUUACCUACCUUGGGGCUUAAGUUGAGUGGAAAGGCUGAAUAAAAGGUUUUAAAUAAAAA